AUGUAUUUAUGGCUUGCGAGGGCAAAGAAGGGGAUAGAUCUUGAUUUAAAGUUAUUGGUACUCGCUCCUCUUGCGUUACAGAUCAAACGCGUUACAAGGAUAUGCUCGGGCGGUCAUGACCCAGGAUAUCCUUAUAUCAUUUAUCCUAGUAAAGAGUUUCUCCUGUAUGUUAACGCUAGUGGUCUGACCUCGAAAAUACAGCCCCUUGUCGUAAGUCUUGUCCAAUAACUCAGCAAAAAGCAACCUAUAAUCCCAAAGCAGGGUCGUGCUUUCCUCGGAAACUUUGGCAGGACAAUUUACAAAACAACAUGAGACCGCAGCCAAGGCUUUUGACGUGAACGUCACUUUAUCGGAUAAGCUGAGCGGUAAUUUCCGCCAAGCUAGAUUCGAGUAA